UGACAACUGGCCAUUUUUCAACUUUAACGCUGAAUGGUUGGGGUUACUGAGGAGACAGAUGAAAAUGGUAUGUUUACCCAUCAUAAUAAUCUUGAUGAAGACAAAUCACAAGGUGAUUCCAAAGAUUCGAAAACACCAAACAGUUUGCAUCUAAAUGAUAAACUUGACAUCUCAACAAACAAUGAUCCUCACGAAACUGAAAGUGUUGAUAAUUUGGAUAAUAUAUCUAGUCCUACACAGAAAGGUGACAUAAUCAGUCUAGCAGAUCUUAUAAAAAAUCGUAUCUGUUUGACAGAUUUUGAUCCAGAAUCUCACUGGCAUGAUAUACAUAAUAGCAUAAUUGAAAAAGAGUUUGCCAUUGAUGGACAUAACUUACUUAUAUGUUAUAUGUUAAACAAAAAUGAAUUUAAAUUACAAUUUGAAAUACCAAGAUUUCUAUGCAAUGAAAUUAACUAUUUUAUUUUCACACCAAAUAUAAAUAAAGAAAAACUAACUGUUGAUAAUUUUGAUUUAUGUAUACAAUAUGGUAAUAUAUCUGGUUCAGCUAUUCAAAGUUUACUUGGUAUUAUGUCAUCAUUAUUUGCACCAAAUCUAUUUACUAAUAUAUCAUGGCCAGAUAGUAUACGUAAUGAUUUUUCUUUACAAUUACAACGUUUUAUGUCAUCAUUAACUGAUACAAGAUGGAAAUUAGAUAAUAAAACUGUAUUAUAUAUCCCAUUAGAUAGUUUAAAUGUAUUACCAGAAAUAGCUAUUAAAGAUAAAGAAUUAAUAAAUCGUUUAGAAAUGAUUAUUAUACAUUGGACAAGACAAAUUAAAACUGUAUUAAAUAUACAAAAUAUAAAUGAUCAUUCAACUAUUAUAAGUCCAUUAGAUGAAAUACAAUUUUGGCAUAAUCGUUGUGAUGAUUUAACUGGUAUUAGUAAUCAAUUAAAUAAAUCAAUUAUUCAACAGAUUAUCAAUAUUUUAUUGAUUGCUAAAUCCACAUAUAUUACAAAUUUUUUAAAGUUAACAGAUGAAAUUAAAUGGAAUACAGAACAAGCACAAAAUAAUAUUAAAUUUUUAGAUAAAAUUAAAGAUCUAUGUUUACAAUUAAAUGAAUUAAAACCAAAGGAUAUACCUGAUAAAUUAUCACAACUUAUUAAUAUGAUACGUAUUAUAUGGACUAAUUCAAAAUAUUAUAAUAAUAAUGAAUUAAUAACUAAUUUAUUUAAUAAAUUAUCUAAUCAAAUAAUCAUUCGAUGUUGUUCUAUUAUAUCAUUAAAUGAUAUCUAUAAUGGAAAAAUUAUAAGUAGUAUAUUCAAUUUAAAUCAAUGUAUUUAUUGUUGUGAACAAUAUAAAGAUAUUUAUAAUAAAUUACAAUUAAUGCAUAUACAUAAUUCAAUAAAACCAUGGGAUAUACAAAAAAAUAGUAUAUUUGCACAAAUUGAUGCAUUUAUACAAAGAUGUCGUGAUUUAUUGGAAGUAUGUCAAUGUCUAAAACAUUUUGGCCGAUACGAAGAUGGUAAUAAAACAACAAUGCCAAUACUUCAAGGAAUUCGUGGCCCAGAAGUUGAAAACCUCCUGUUAACGAUUGAACAAAUGUUUGAGAAAUUGAUGAAUAACCUAUUUGAGAAUCGUCAUUGUAUAUUGGAUAUAAAGGCCACAUCAUGGCACGACAAUUAUAAUCGUUUUAGAAUUGGUAUUAAAGAUUUAGAGGUGAUGAUGCAAAAUGCAAUUAACACAGCCUUUGAAACGGUCACAACUAUACAACAAGGGGUCGAAAUACUAGAUAUUUUUGCUCAUCUUCGAAGUCGUGAGACUAUUCGAAGAACUAUUGAUCAUCGAACAAGUGAAUUAGUUUCACGUUUUGGUGAUUGUUUAAAUCAAAUAAAAAAAGAGAUGACACAACGUGUUAAUACUGGCCUUCCAUACCAACUGAAGCGUAUUAUAGUGGACAAGCUUUAUACUGGAAAUUUUUACGUCGCCGAUUAG